AUGGCGCAACAAGUGUCGACUGAAUUUCGUCCUGUAACUUUAUCGUGUCAUUUCCAGUAUCACCGUCCACCUCAAUUAACCCAAUUUAUUUAGUUUCCGACCAUCUCAAAAACUUAAAAUUUACCAUCCAACAUGAACAAUCAAUAAUCUAAUAAGAAAUUUGUAUAACACAAAGUUGUCAGCGAAACCGUCCACAAUCAAUGUCCUAUGCUUAUUACACGGAUUUAUGGCUUAUCACGCGAAACGACUUGGACAAGUUAAUAGAAUUGGAUCGAAAACUGCAACAGCAAGAACGUACACAUGAUAGACAAGAUGGGUUGAAUUUAUUGCUUCCAAUGUAUCUCAGAAGUUCAUGGAUGUACAUUUUCAGAUAUCGUAAUUUGGUGAAAAGAUUGAUAAUUUGUCACAAUCAAAUGGUUCAGACGCAGAAACGAGACUUGAUAAAACGGGUUCUGGAUUGUGCGGUUGGUCGAAUGCUGGAAUACAAGAAAGAGAUCGUUAACUUGGACUGCAGUGAUUAUCAAUGGCCUGAUGACUUUAUGACUCAAUUAAAAUACACACCAGACGAUGUAGAAAUUCUUUUGUCCGCAUCGAGUAAAGACAUCAUGGAACACCGUAGAGAACGUAUUCAAAAAUUGAUGAAAGAUGCUUAUAAAAUAGCCGAAGAAAUUGAAAGCAAAGAACUUUCUGUGAUGGACAUAACAGAGGCGUCCGAAUCGCAGGAAAGCGCACUAAGAUUGCGGAAAAAGAGAGUUAGAGAAAAAAUUUCGGAAUCGUUGCCUGUACAAAAAAGGAUUCGAACAUCUCGAGAAAUUGCUGAACAAGAAAUGCGAGCAGCGAUAUUGCUCAUUCAGUCCCACGAAAGAGCAAGAAUAGGUCGUUGCGCUGGAAUCGAUGCACAACGAAUGUACAAUUACAACAAGAAGAUACAAAUGGGACUCACCACAGUGAAAAAAUUGCACAAAAGUACGUACGAAAAUGCUGCUAAAACCAUACAGAGAACCUGGAGAAUAUACGCAGCGAGAAAGAAAAUGAGAAAUCGAAUCGAACGUACGGAAGAAUUAUUAGGCAUGACAAUACCUAGUUGGAAAUCUCAAGAUGUUUUUAAGAAAGAUAGAGAAAAUUUUCAAAAGAAAUUAACAUUAAUGCCGAGAUUUGCUAACGAAAUCAUGAAGGUGACAGAAAAGGAGCGAGCAAGACUGUGGAAAAUCAGAGGUCCCGGUUUGAUGGAGGAUAUUACUGAUGAGAUUCGAGAAUGGUUCAUAAUAUGGUACAAUGAUGUAGGACACUUCGAUGCGUAUCCAGUUGCACGUUUAGGUGGCAGCGUGCUAAUCACUACCGGACAAACUUUAACACCACAGGAAUACCUGGUGGAGAAAAUGAUGAAACAAACAGGAAAAGCACCAACAACUACGAGGGCGAAAACCAAGGAAAAAAAACAGCCAUGGAUGUCACAAACAAAGACGUUCUCUCUUCUUAACGAGGCUAACCAGGACUUUAUUAAUAAUUGGAGUUUUCGAUAUCGUACAAAUGAAUAUCGAGAGCAAAUAUACCAUGAUUUAAUCAAGGAUGAACUUUGUUACGAACUUCAAUUAGAAAUGAGGAAAAUAGUCGACGAAUUGAUGAGGCUGGAAUUGAAAAAAUUGAACGCAGCAUUAAGGAAAGACUAUAAAGCUGAUAAACGAACGCUUGUUAUACCUGCCGAGAAAAAAAGAAAAGUUAGAGAAGGAAAGAAAAAGAGAGUUCCGACGAGCGACGAAAGCGUGGAAAAUAAUUUUAAAGAGUUGGUCAGAGCUAAUAUCAUUAAAGAUUAUCCCAAAACAUUCCUCAAGGAUUGGAUAGGAGAUCUUUCGUAUCAAAAUUACGAAGCAGCUCGCGAAGCACGAAAUUAUAAUCAUCGAAUAGGCGAAAUUAGACAGACUGUCAUGGAUUAUUGCGUGCUUCCUCUCAGUUCGAGAGGAAUUCAUCAAGUCGCACCUUUAAUCCGAGCUGUUUGUAUCUAUGGUCUCGCUCAACACGGAAAGAACUUUCUGGUGAACGCAAUCUGUUCCGAGGUUGGAGCAUUACUAUUCGAUAUGACGCCCACGGUGUUGGUAGACAAGUAUAUGGGACGAAAGAACGAGCGCGAAUUAAUCAACAAGAUCUCCGAGAUAGCUCGAGCAUACGCUCCUUCUGUGAUUUUUAUUGACAACAGUGAAAAACUUUGGUCGAGAAAGCUAUCUGAAGAAGACAGACAUCUGAAACCAAAACGAUUUGCUCAAUACUAUCCUAGAUUAGUAAAGAGUAUCAAACGUGGCGAUCAGAUCCUAUUUCUCACGACCUCCUCAGAGCCAUAUAAAGCAACAAGACCCUUCAUCAGGAUCCACGACAAGUUCAUAAUGAUUCCUCUCACGGACUACAACACAUUGUACAUGUUUUACAAAGAUCUGCUGAUGAAGUAUCAUGGAGUUAAUCGCGAUAUCGACAUUUCCACGAUGGCAAAGAUGUCCGUGGGCAUUCCGUUGAUAUUCAUAAGAAGCACGGUGGAUAAUGUUCUAAAUCUUCGACGAAGGAUCAGUUUGAAAUUCAAGCCACUAGCUAUGUCGGAAAUCAUGGACGAGAUAUUAAAAUAUGAGCCACCUCGAGCGAAAACGUUCAUUGAAUUGGCAAAAUUUGAGAACCGUACGCCGCUCGCUAAGAAGAGGGCCAAAUUGAGAAAUUAA